CAACAGGCGGGGUAGCGGAUUAUCGCCCUCAUGCCGACCAUUCGUUGGUUAUUUCUCCCGUGGUGGCCUGAAUUACAAGUUUACCUGAGUUCGCCUGCCUUGCUGACUUCUCUUGAGUGCCCGCGUCAGCGCAGCACGAUUCGAUGUAGCCAUAUCUGAAAUGGUAUCUAGGACUGCAGCGGAGCAGGCAAUUCGAAAGCACGCCCAGGGGAGGACAUUAAAAGGCUUGUUGGGCUUCCUUCAGGACCAAAGUGACGACCAACUGAGCCAGUGGAGCAUCCGGGACGUGGACGGGGAUGAAGCCAUCUUUACCUAUUUCCGGCUUACGGCGGCGAGAGAUGGCAACAUAAGCUUGCACACGGACCAGGGCGACGGCGACCAGCUGGUCGCGUCAGUUGCCUGCUGGUGGCCCGCCUGCUGGCUCAAGUCCGUGGUACCCAUGUGGCAAGUGCGGGAAGACGAGGGCAGCCGGCAGCAGCAGCAGGAGCAGCAGCAGCACCAAAACGCGUGCACCAUGCCCGCUGCUGCAGCCCCGCACUCGGCGUCCGUGGACGACACGCACACUCCUGCCGCCACCAGCCCUGGCCGCAGCCCCAGCUGCUUCCAGCCUCCCCCCUCCCAGCACCUGUCUGCCUGCCGUCAGCGCCGCUCACAACGUGCCGGUCCCCAAUAACCGACGCUGGGCUUGUCCUAGUCCUGCGGCUGCUGACACUACUAGCGCAAACCAAGAGCAACAGGGAGAAGUGUGCGGCGCUGGCGCACAAGCUGGCGUGGUGGCGGGGCUGGCUGGAGUGCAGCGCAGAGCUGGGCGGCCGUCUCCGCUGAUGCUCGCUGGGUUUAUCAUCCGCUUUGGCCCAUGAUUGGUCACAACGCCGGAGGGCUGCGUACGCAGGCGCAUGCCGGGUUGCAGAGCAUUAGCCGAUAGCGGGCGAUGAACACGGCGAGCAUCAGCGGAAACGGCCGCCCAGCUCUGCGCUGCACUCCAGCCAGCCCCGCCGUCACGCCAGGUUGUGCACCGGCGCCGCGCCCUUCUCCCUGUUGCUCGUGAUGUUUUGCGCUCAUGUCAGCACCCGCAAGACCAGGGCGAGCUCAGCGCCUGUUGGGGACCGGCGCGUUGGGACCAAGCGUUGGCCCAAAGCUGAUGAUGGGCUACGUGUGCGAGCGGCUGCAGGUCUUGAGCGUUAUUUGUGGGCGCGGGUCGGGUCGGGUUGCAGUGCACUGCUGGCGGCGGGUGUGCGCGCCCGCCUGGUGGCCAGACGUCGACGACCUGCUAUUUCAUCCUACCUGACGAUGCGGGCGGCGGUGAGGUUAUGUUGGCCCUGGUAGUGGUAGGGCGAGGGCCAGAGGGGUCGUGCCGCGGGUCGGUGGCUGUAGCGCGCAGGGCAGGUGGGCAGCAUUAGCUGUAGCUGCGGGUGUGCGGGCAUGCGCCCCUGGGGCGCAGCAGGUGGUGCAGCUGAUGCGGUGUGGUGCUGUGGUGGUGUGCGGCGGGUGGACACGAUGUGCCUACCUGCCUUCUGAGGGGCGCCUGGUGGGCUCGCUCGAGAAUGGGCAGGCCAACACACGCUGGCAGUACGCCCCGCGUACGUACGGCAUGUGCGGUACGACAAGUAGUAAGCUCACCCGCUGGGCACUCGUGUCUGGCAUCUGUGCGCUGGGGCCGUGGGACUUGAGGUAGACUAGGGUUUCAUCAAAUGAAGGCGCCGUCCGAACGCUGCGCGUGUGUAUGUUAGUGUGUUUGGGAUCAGGAUGCAAAUACGCAAGAGAGUGUGCGUGGCGUGCAGACCCCUUGUAUGCGUAGCUUGGGCACAACGACAUGCGUGUCUACUGCAAGCGUAAACACAUAAGAAGGUAAAUACGAAGCGACAUGGCUUUGGCGGCAUUGCGGCAGGACGGCGGGCGGCUGUUUGGUUGGGAUGCUGUGUAAUGGGGUUCCGGCGGGCUUACGGCGUGACGCGUGCGUGUGCGCCGGCGCAGGAAAAGUUACACAAAUUCGUGGUUCAUUACUGCGACGCAAAGACAUGAGGGCUAGUAUGUCGAAGUGGUGAUGAUGCCCCGGUACAUCUGCUACUGUAGCGUUGUAAUGAACUCGGCGUGCGGUCAGCCAUUUAGAGUGCUCGACGCAGUGGCUGGCGUGCAUGAGCUGAGCAGGCGCAGAGCCGCGCACGGCUAUCUGGGGCGGGCUAUGGGGAGCCCUCUCGAGUAGGGGCAGGCGAGACUUGGGACUGUUGCGGCGGGCACGGACGCAGUAGGGUUUUGCACGGACGCGGCGUUUCCGUAGUGAUGACGUGAUGGGGAGCUCGUCCAUGAUGCAUGGGAACGCGGGCGGGCUCUUAUGUGGUUGGCUGUAUACAGUUGGAAGCUGUGCGGCAGUGUGACAUUGGCAGCCCAAACGCACUUAUUGACGUGCUUGAAGGUAAUGGUCUUAUUAUCGCCCCCCCCCCCCCGCCUCAGCCGCGGGUGCUCGGUGCAUCAGGCCAGCACUGCCGUACGCAGCGGCCCUGGGUCAUCAUGUGCGUGUGGCGGCGUGGCACUGGAUGGCAAGUGGCAACGGGGCCGCGCGGAUGGUUGGAUGUGUAUGAUGUGUGUUGAACCAUGGGCGCCUGGGGCGGGAGUACCUGGGUUCCCGGGAACCGG